AUGGCCCUGGACCACAUGGCAACCACGGAGGCUAUCGACCAAUGGGCAAACGUCGCCGUUUGGCCCCACCUACGCCUGGCCGGGCAGAGUCCCCCGAGUCGGCCGUGCCCGCUGCACCAGGCAUUGUUGACUGUCCCAACGCACCAUCAGCGCCAACAGCCGCUGCAACUAAGGCUGGGGACUGUUCGAGCAAUGCAGGGCCGAUGGACACCUCGUCCUGUUAACCCAGUUGUCACUUGCCUACGCCACUCUCCGCUACCCUUCACCUCUACAAUUCACUACCCUGCGUUCAGCCCUGAUCGCUAUUGUCUGUCUUUAUUUGCGACCACUGAAAGGGCUAGUGGUGUUGGAAGCAGUUUCCCCAAAUGCUCCUUUCUCUACAACAGUCCCAUAGUAGCCUUACAACCGGUCACACUGGAAAACCACUUCUUUUUGGACAAAAAACUAAGUUGCCAUUGUUGCAAUACAGACUUAGCGUCUCGUAUAAAUGUCUUUUGA